AUGACCCUCUCGCGCCAUCCAUCACUCCGUGCCCCACAACCAACACCAACUGAGGGAAUUGAUGGAGUGAAGACACCGGCUGAUGAACCCAUGAAUUUGUCUUUUUUGAGAUUCGACGCGCUCCGAAUCAAGGACCUCGCCGGAUCCAGUAUCAAUAUUACGCCACGAUCGAAGACGAAUGAUAAGAGACAGAUAUUCCCAGUUCAAAUCCUCCCCUACCUCUAUCUGGGCGACGCGAAGACGGCCGGCAACAAGGAGCUCCUCGACAGCUACGGUAUCCACUACGUGGUGAACGUGACGUCGAAUCUGGAGAACUUCUUCGAGGACGACAAACGUUUCCGCUAUCUCCGCAUUCCGGUCGAUGACAACGCCUCGUUCAAUUUGAUCCAAUUCUUCCCAGAAGCGAUCUCGUUCAUCGAGGAGGCCGAGCGGGAGCGUGAGGGAUGUCUGGUGCAUUGUCUGGCGGGCAUCUCUCGUUCUGUCACCAUCUGUCUCGCAUUCUUGAUGUUCACCAGGAAAUGCACCCUGGAAGAGGCGUACGACGUCGUGCUGGGCCAGAAUGCCAGCAUUGCCCCCAAUUUCCACUUUAUGGGCCAGCUGAACGAUUAUGAACAUUUGCUCGGCAUCCAGAAAUCAGCCCCUCCACCUCACAGCCCGUCCUGCAGUGCCGAACAGGGUCCCCUCCACUGUCUCACCCCUCCCGCAUCUUCCAAGAAAAACGACAAGGGACUUUUCUAU